UUUCUGGUGAUGUGCAUUUUCUCAGCUCUACGCUUGGGUGGUUUCAAUGUUAUCUCCUGCAUGCGACAUCAGGUAGUUUCAUUGCUCUAUCUACAGUUUCUCUGCUGAUUAUCUGCGAAGAAGACAUGCGGGCAGCACUUCUGCUUGUUCUGAUAUGUGUCCCUGAUGCUUUCCCGAUUUCUUGUGGUCAGGGUCAUUCCUUGGUUAAGCAGGAACUACAUAUGCUGAUGUCUAUAAAAUACUUAUAAGGAAACUUUUAAUACAUGAAUCAUUUAUGAGUUUGUUAGUACAGCCUGCUCUCAUCUUCUGUUAUUUUUAUGGUCUAUACCUAUUUAGCACACAACAUUUUAUACACAUUUUAUUUUCAAGUAAUGUUCUAUAUCCCCAAUUAUAGUUUAAAUCUCUUAAAUUCAGGAAUCCUGUUUUGUGUUGGUUUUUAUUUCUCAUACCUAAUCUAAUACUAGAAGCUCUCAAUAAAAAUUUAUUCAUUUCUAAAAAUGGUUAGAUUUUUAGUAUCAAUCUAAUACAUGACAAAAGGUCUGGGUCUUCCUUUAAACCUAAUUUAGAUGCUAAUUGAAUUAAUUCGGUUGUUAAGAUUUGAGAGUACUGUUCCCAUCAAAUUAAAUCCUACUAUAUGUUUACUUUUAUAUAUUUGUAUAUACAUUUACUAGAAUAUACAUAGAACCAUGAUUGCAUCUGUUUGCUAUGCUAUGCUGAUGUGCUACAGCUCAUUUUCAAAGGCAAAUAUUAUAGUGCAUUUUGGACACCUGUGUUCUCACGAUCAGUUCUUUGAAACUAUAUUUGGAGGUAUGAGCUAUUAAAAGCUUCUUGUACUGAGUGACCUUUCAGGCAGAAUUUAGGUUGAAUACUUGAGCUGGUGCUGCCUGUUGCUGAGUGGAAGACAGCAGAAAACCGUGGAUUCAAACCUCUGUUGGGCUUUUGUUUUGCUUUUGUUUCCUUUCAUUUUGUCUUAAGAAGAUGAACAAUGAAACCACGACCCUGAUAUCCUUGCAGAAGGCGAUGAAAAGAUUAGACCACAAACUCCAAGCUUUAAAAGCACAGUUUAAACAACUAGACUUCACCAAGGAUAACCUGACACAAAAAUUUGAACAUCAUAGCAAGAUGAUGGCAAGCCAGGCAGCCCAAGAUGAGCUCUGGACAGCAGUUCUGGCACUCAAGUUCACUUCAAUGGAAUUGAAUAUUGUAUAUAGCUACGUCAUUGAAGUUCUCAUCUGCUUGCACACUCAUGUACUUGAGAAGCUACCAGACCUGGUGAGUGGUCUUCCCACCUUAGCCUCUGUCCUUCGACGAAAAGUCAAGAACAAGUGCAUCAGAGUUGUGUGGGAGUCAGUCCUGGAGGAGUGUGGGCUGCAAGAAAGUGAUAUCACAGCACUUUGUACCUUCUUUAUUGCACAUGGUAACAAGGCAGAACACUAUAGUGCCAAAGUGAGACAGAUGUACAUUAGGGAUGUCACUUUCAUGAUCACCAACAUGGUAAAGAACCAGGCUCUGCAGGACAGUUUGCUGAGAGCUGUUCAGCUCAUUGAGAAGGGGAAAGCAGUGAAAGCCUCUGAAGAACAAAGGUCAUCCCUGAAAGAGUUGAUACCAACAGUCAAAAACUAACCUGUUAUCUUAUGACCUAGCUAUUCUACCAUAUUUUUUUUGGACCAUAAGACACACCUAGGUUUUAGAGGAGGAAAAUAGGAAAAAAAAUU